AUGCAGGAGCCUGCCACAGCACCAUGGGGCCUGAGCAUCAGCGACGCCGACUUUGAGAAGCUCAAAGCCGGCUUCGAGCCCCAAGACCAGGAUGACAAAUGGCGCGUUUCGGUCACGGACCGGAGCCGGAGCGGCGGCAACCUGUCUAUCCACCUUGCUCGGAGCGGGACGGGCAAGGAACUCUACGUGCUGGAUGUGAAGCCAAGCGACGGCAGCAGUGUCGGCAGUGGCGUCAAGAUUGAAGCCAUCACCUGGGAGCAGAACAAGGGUGGAAUCCGCAUCUCGGAGGAGCAGGCGAAGAAGGAAGUGGUCAUUAUAACCAGACGUCUCUUGGAGUGCGACUUUGGUGCGCUCCCGGACUACGACGUCUCGGAGCUGUGGAAUCAUCCCGCCGCCCGCAUAGGCGACGAUUGA